AUGAGUGUGAUUUUAGUGACCGGUAUGCCGGGCGCAGGAAAGACGACGCUCGUGCGUAAGCUAGGCGAAGAGCUGCAGAACCGCGGACAUGUCGUUGGUGGAUUUUUCACCGAAGAGGUGCGUGAUCGACUCACCGGUGAACGGUCCGGGUUCGACAUUGUAACCUUCUCUGGCCAACGUGCCGCGUUGGCCAGGGUGGAUGCAAAACGAACAACCAACAGUCCCAAAGUCGGCCGUUACACCGUGUGCUUGGCGGAGUUCGAAGCCCUAGCUCUUCCGGCGAUGGAACGGCACGGUCGUGAGUUACUAAUCGUGGAUGAAAUCGGCAAAAUGGAACUGAAAUCACGGCCGUUUAGCGUGCGUAUGGAAGCGAUCGUCGAGCAGCUGGCGGCUGGACAUGGCCCCCUGAUUGCGACCAUACCCUUGAAAGCGACCGGUGUUGCCGUGAUCGAUCGUUUACAGCACAUCGCGGGCCGGCAGCUGUUUCAUGUGAAGCCAUCAAAUAGGGAACAAAUUUAUGGGGACAUUUUAGAUGCUGCUAUGGCUUGUGCUUCAAACGGUGGACGGUGA